CGUUCAUCUAUUACACUCACCCUUCUUGCCUGCGCUGCAAAACCAAUGCUCGAUCUUAACCUUUUUCAAGUCGACAAGGGUGGUAAUCCGGAGCUGAUCCGGGAAUCACAAAGGAAAAGAGGAGCUCCAGUCGAGUUGGUUGACGAGGUCAUCGGUCUAUAUGAUGAAUGGAGGAGAAUUCGUUAUGAUUUGGAUCAGGUCAACAAACAACAGAACGCCAUACAAAAAGAAAUAGGUUUGAAAAAAAAGAACAAGGAAGAUGCCUCGGAAUUGAUCGCCAAGAAGGAAUCUCUUAAUUCCGAGAAAGAACGUUUAACAAAUCUUGAAAAAGAGAAAGAAGAAAUAUUAAAAUCUAAAGCUAGUACAAUCGGAAAUAUUGUCCACAACUCUGUACCAGUUUCUUUAGAUGAAGCAAAUAAUGAGAUUAUCAAGAAGUGGGAACCACUAGCGGAUGCAGAUAAUAUUAAGAGGAGACCUGAUGGAAUUUU